AUGGCAACAGCGGCAUAUGUGGAUCAUUUUGCAGCAGAGUGCCUUGUUUCUAUGUCCAGUCGUGCAAUUAUCCAUAGUCCCAAAGGGGAGCCUGAUCCCCAACCUGAUGCAGCGAUACCUCCUCCUUCAUCAAAUGGAGAAGAUAAGCGGGAAGUCAGAGAAACCGGGAAAGACAAUGGAUCAUCAUUACUUGUGGUAGCUAGCAUUUUAGCAGACCUGAACCAGCAUGUCCCAAACUCACCCACUCUAAGGAUGGAAAAAACAGAGACCUUUGAUAUCACAGAACAAAUACACAUUUCUAUUGCUCCUAAGGAGUCUGGGGAAGAAAGUGUGUCUUCGGCUGGAGGAAGAGCAGCCACACCUACUAGCCUGGCUGCCGUAACUGAGCCAAGCCCUAGACAAAAGAACAAACGCACGAGAAGCUGGACUGACCCUGGAUCACCCCAGAAAAAGCACAAAUGCCACUACGUGGGGUGUGAAAAAGUUUAUGGCAAAUCUUCCCAUCUUAAAGCUCAUCUAAGGACCCACACAGGUGAACGGCCUUUUGAAUGCAACUGGCAAGGAUGCAACAAGAAGUUUGCUCGUUCUGAUGAGCUGGCCCGGCAUUACCGCACUCACACUGGAGAAAAGAAGUUCAGCUGUCCUCUCUGUGAGAAACGCUUCAUGCGCAGCGACCACCUGACAAAGCAUGCCCGUCGACAUGCCAAUUUCCACCCAAGCAUGCUCAAGAGGCGAAGUGGAAGCAGCUCAAGAACAGGGUCUGUCAGUGACUACAGCCGCUCAGAUGCCUCAAGUCCAACGAUUAGCCCCGCCAGUUCCCCGUAG